CGAUCAUCGGGACCGGGCUGACGAAAACACGUCCUGAAACUCGCGAAAUUUACAAGGCACUUAUUUUCCUUGCUCAUUUUGGCUACCGUGAACCGGCGUCUUCAUGAGAAAUGUAUCUGUUGAACGCAUUUGCUUAUAACUUACAGAAUGAACGAUAGCUUGUCAGCACCCAUCCUCACAUCCCAAUCUUCACCGUUUAUCCGCUUUUCUUUCUGCGAUGGUUGAUGCUGGUGCUUCUGUAUAUGCCGCCGUUGGCGUUGCAUACGUCAUCAAGUGCUACAUUAUCAUGUCACCAAAGAAGAUCAAAAGCUUAUAUGUUGAAAUGGACAGCGCGCAAAGCCAGUACAUGAAUGCAGCUACUGUCAUUCCUGCGAACAUAGGAGUGGCUAUAUGUAUGACUCAUGAUGCGUUGACGAAUGAUUUAAAAAAACUCCCCAAAAGUCGGUGGGGGCACUGGAAAAAUCGAGCGGCGUAUAAUACGGCCAAGAAACGAGUCAAGGUCCACUGCGACCAUGUUUUCUCAACAUCUCGAGCUUGUCUAAAUGCAGCCUAUUUGGCGUCGGCGCAAGAGCGUCUGGCUAAGGAAACAGCCGAAAUUAAGGCUGGUUCUGCUCAACCAGAAUGUCGAUAUAUCGCGAGAGAGGACGCUGGAGACGCUCGGACCUCAGAUACGAUACAAACUCCACCGUCCGGUUCGUCUGAUUCGUCGGGAGUGACUUCAUCACCUAUACCAUCAAACCUUUCAUCCGCUUCCCUUCCCUUGCAAUACCCUGUCAUGGUUCCUUCGCGAGAGGCUACACAACCGUCUAGCCUACUCAGUGAACUUGAAGGCCUCAUCCUAGAUGGAAAUUUGAUCGAUUUUUCCGGCCCGUCUGCUGACCUAGGUCAGCGAGAGGCCAUAUUGAUCGACCUGUCCUCGGAGGAUGCAGAUGCUUUAACCAUAUACAGACUUUCCCUUGACGAAAGUAAUUCUCGCCAGACCUCCGACUUGCUCAAUAGCACUUUGGUCGCUCCAAAUGCUGCCAAUGUUGUAACCGGGGCACCGCCGCUUCCCGGUAAAGCCAUUGUUACUGGGACACCCGAUUCUGUCCACCCUUCCACGCAGUUGUCCGUCCCGACGGAAAUACCUAACGCUGGGGAAUCUGUGGGUCGUUUUGCAAGCGCUGCGGCUACUGUACGGAUGAUAUCUAACGUGGCCUCUGCCUUUUCGGCUAUUGCUGGAGACAUUAUGGAUUCAUGACGCGUGUUACAUAUACGGUACUACAUUAAAGGCCUGUAUCAAUAUAUCAGUUUCGUAACGACACCUUGGUAACUGUAUCUAUAGAAUGAGUUAAUGUACCAAUGACGCCUCCGGUAUCAAGUCCAGACAGUUCAAGCCGUCGUUUGUGCUUAAGCUGGGCUGUCUCCUGCUCGUCUGAUUCCUGGAUCCAUUGCAUGCAUUCGCGUCGUCAAAAUGACUACAAGGUUCUUCAUGUGGAUAGGUCCAGACCCUGGAUAUCGGUCUCAGUGAGAAGCGUCCAAGAACAAAAGGACCAUCCUAGAGAUCGUACAUGAAUACAAGGCUCGUACGUAUGGGUCGAGGCGC